GUUCACUUUUGGCGGCUGACAGUUUUGGCGGUGUCGUACAAUGUCCGAAAAUUUGGAUUUGGUGGUGAAAAAUAUUGUGUUCGUUGGUGAUGGGGCUGUCGGCAAGACGAGCCUUUUGUAUGCAUACAGUAAUCAAGGUGAAUUCCGUAUAUCAUACGUGCCAACGAUCUAUGAUCGCGAUGAAACCGAGCUCACACUGGACAAUGUGAAACAUUUGGUGAAAUUGCAUGAUACAGCCGGCCAAGAGGAUUAUGAACGAUUAAGACAAUUCGUUUACAAAGAAGCCGAUUGUUUUGUUCUAUGUUACAGCAUCGUCGAUCGAACGUCAUUUUCCAAUAUCGCCAUCAAAUGGUAUCCUGAACUGAAGCCGUAUAAAAAGCCUAUCGUGCUUGUUGGUACGAAGACAGAUUUAACCGUUGGAAUAAACCUUGUGCAAGUGGAUGAGGGUGAAAAAUUACAGCGAAAAAUAAAUGCUAAUCAAUUUCUCGAAUGUUCAGCGAAAAACAAUGACAACAUCAAUGAGGUCAUUUAUGAAGCGAUUCGAGCUGCUGUGGCUGGACCAUUAGAUCCACCCAAAAUAGGAUGUUUUAAAACAUUGCGAAAAUUUGUGUGCUAUCACAAUGACGAUUUCUAAUAACUCAGAAACAAACAAAAAAACAAAUUAAAAUAAAAAAUCACUUACUUGAAUUGGAUAUGAU